AUGAAGCUUUUUGUCACUCUCUCUAUCUUUUCGCCUGUACUUACCUCUCCAACACCCGCCCCAAUACAUCAACACCUCAGCAUUGGCUCCCACUCAAAUCUAGCCCCGGGUCUCGGCGACCUCGCAAAGAAAGCAGGGCUAAAGUAUUUUGGCACCGCCGUCGACAAUGUAGUCCUCGACAACGAUGAAUACACAUCCAUAGCCUUCAACCGCUCAGAGUUCAACCAAGUCACCGCCUCCAACGGGCAGAAAUGGAUACACACAGAGCCCCAACGCAGCCUCUUCAAUUACACGCUCGGCGACCAAAUCGUCGACGCCAGCAAAGACGCUAACCAGAUGCGUCGCUGCCACACCUUCCUCUGGCACAAUCAACUCCCCACCUGGCUCACGACAGGUACCUGGACCAAAGGCAGUCUCCUCACCGUCCUCGAAACCCACAUCAAAAACGUCGCAGACUACUACUGGAACGACUGCUACGCGUGGGACGUAGUGAACGAAGCCUUCAACGAUGACGGUACACUGCGAAAGACCAUCUGGCUGGAAGUUAUUGGCCCGGAAUACAUUGAGCAUGCGUUCCGUCUAGCAAGACAGUAUACAAGUCCAGGCACGAAAUUGUAUUACAACGAUUAUGGAAUCGAGAGGGUGAACAAAAAGAGUUUGGCUGUUGCACGCAUGGUUAGAGAGUAUCAACGUGUUGGUGUGCCUAUUGAUGGUGUAGGGUUACAGGCACACUUUACUGUGGGUAGAGCGCCAUUGUAUACUGAUAUUCGUGCUUCGCAGCAGCUCUUCUCCAGUCUGGGGCUAGAGACGGCCUUGACUGAACUUGAUGUUCGUAUGACGCUGCCUGAUAGUGCAAAUAAGACGGCUAGUCAGGCUGCCAUCUAUGCUGAUUCGGUGCGCGCGUGUGUGGAUGAAGUCAGUUGUGUUGGAAUUACAGUUUGGGACUUUUGGGAUCCGGUUAGUUGGGUGCCAGACACGUUUCCGGGGGAGGGAAAUGCUUGUCUUUGGGAUGAAGAAUUUCGGAUGAAGCCAGCGUAUUACGCUGUUGCUGAUGUAUUGAGAAAGGCGGGUGAGAAGAGGGGGUAA